AGAAGGCUGUUUACGAAGAAAGCUGAGCUCCUCUGACAAAAACAAGGGCUGGGACUCCAGCGAGAAGAGCAGUGUGCCUGGUGCAUAUCUAGCACAGGCUCUUCGUCCAUUUAAAACAUUUUUUUGUACGUUUUUCAAUUUCUUUUUCUUUUUUAGAAAAAAGGAUAGCAUCGAACCAUGUUGUCAGUUAUCUCCGCCCGUCAGCUCUGCAAGAUGUUUUUCUCCUUGCACGUUGUUUUCCUGAGCGUGGCCAUGGUGGAGAGCAGUGCAUCAAAUGGGAAUGAAAAAGACUGCACGAGUUCCAAUGGAGUGGAGUACAGAGGGGAAGAACAGAGCUCCUCCUCAGGUCUGACCUGUCUAAACUGGACCAACACCACUAGAGACUAUGAUGUUACACUCCAUCCUGAUACACAGACAGGUGUGGGAGAUCACAAUUACUGCCGAAACCCAGACUCCUCUGAGAGGCCUUGGUGCUACAUUGCUGGCCCAGAUGGGACAGUCCAGAAACAGUUCUGUGCAGUUGACACAUGCAAAGAACAAGAAUCUACUGCACCGGCAGCGGCUGAAUCCCUGAAGCCAACAGGAAGCGUUCCCUCCACAGAGAGCUUUCAGCCGGCCAAAUCCGGAGUCUCUCAGGGAGAAGUUGCUGCAGUGCAGCCUGUGAUGGGAAUCAGCCAGCGAGUGCGCACGGGACCCAGAAAGAAAAAGGACCUUGGCGCGAUUGGUUACGUCAUCGGCAUUGGCAUGAUGGCGAUUAUAAUCGUCCUCGGAGUUGGCAUCACAUUUGGCUACUUCUAUAAGAGGGGUCGGGACCUUAAGAAACAACACGAGCAGCGCGUGUAUGAGCGUGAGAUGCAGAGAAUCACUCUUCCCCUCUCGGCUUUCUCAAACCCCACCUGUGAGCUGGUGGACGAGAACACCAUCGUGAUCACAGCCGAGCACGAGACGACCCCGGUCCAGGAUGGCAUGGAGGGCGGGGACCCUCUCAUGGGCCAACAGGCUGGGACCCCCGGAGCAUGAAUAGAACUGUGAUGAAUUUUCGUGGACCAAAAACACUUCCUCACAUCUUUGUUUCUCCUUUCUGCCUCCCUGAGUGACCUCCGUUUUAAAAGGAGUAGGGGAGCAGUACUCGCUCCAAAGACUUGAACUGAAUGCUGUGUCCUUUGUGUCCCCUUUUCUUUGGUUUUUAUAUACCUGAGGCACAAACAAGAUAAGCUGUGGACACAAUCUUAAGAACUAGAAACCAUUAAGGUGAAUCUGCUGUUAACAAAGAUGUUUUUGAGGUCUUUAAUAUUCAUCUUUGAUACAUUUGAUAGCCGAGAAAAAUGAGGUGAUAUGCUGCCCCCUACAACAGUAUGAAAACCAAGUGGAUAAGUCAGUGUUUAUAAUGGUGUGUAAUGAAACCAGUUCUUUAUAAAGAGAUUGUGUUUGGAAUGGGGGUUCAUAACCUUUUGUUUUCUAAUAUGUUUCCAUGGAGAAGUUGCUCCCCACAUGAGGUUUCAUUUGUAUUGACCUGUUGGCUGUGCCGAGGGAGAUGUGGAUAAGAAGCGAGUGUGUAUAAAGACUGCUUUGUCUUGGUGACACAGAUGUGUCCAAAAAUAUCCUCCUCUGAGACAGGAUGAGGGAAAAUGAGGUAAAACAGGCCCACUAAAGACAAGGGAAGGCCUCCAACUCUGCCUUAGCAGGAUACUUCUGAAUGUAUUGUUUAUCUUUAACCCGGAUGAUUUUUUUCCCUCUCUUUGUACUUGAUGCGGUUACAAAGCAUGACGGGCAGUCACAUAGUCAUAAAAGAGGACCUGCCUUUUUCUUCCACAGGUUAAGGAGUGACAGGAAAUUUACAGAGUGCUCUCAGGAAGCAUGAGAGACGGUAGAUAGUCCUCAGGACAAAACAGCACUGCCGCAAACACAGAACAGAAAUCAGAAAAUGUCUGUCUUUGCAGAGCGAGUGUGUUGAAGUGCUGAAGAAUCCUGGUGAUUAGAGUCAGACUUUUGAGUUAAGCGUGCAACGCUUCAGGGUAGAGACGGGGAUGGAGUAGAAUAGAAACAGUCCAAAGUUUGGUGUUCAAAAACAUGAGUGCAUGCACAUGGUUACCUGCUGUAUGUUUGUGUUCAGGAACUAUUUCUUAUUCCAUCUUAACAAGUAGAACUACUGAGUGAAGAAGACCUUUUAGAAAAUACUUGCCUGGAAAUAUAAAUCAUUGUACACAGAAGAUAUUGUUACACAUCAUGCACCGUUACUUUCCAGUGUAUGACCAGUUUGUUUGUUACCACUCCACAUGAUUUUAUUUUGUGAUUAUUGCUGGAGCCACAUCACUGGUGAUCUUUGGUUACUGCUGCUCCAUUAUUUUAAAUGUGUUGGUUGUAACUAUUAUUUUCUUCAUAUAAGCAACGUGUUCAAAAAUACUGUUGUUCUGCAUCUGAAUUUAGUACUUGUGUUUGUAUGAAUGCAGAUUUUUUGACUGCUGAGACUGAAAUAAAACAUCAAACUCUGA